CACAGAAGACUUCAGAACUGCCUUCUUGCCUUUCCUGAUAGUCAUUCAUCUUUCUGGCUGAACCUGCUGUGUAAUCACUUCUCUAAAUAUACUAGCCAUCUAAUUCUGAAUCUUGUAUGCCGUCAUUGAUAUUAAACUUAAAAAGAAGCAUCAUAUAAAAUAAACUACCUUUCCUUACCAGAAGAAUUAAUGUUAAACAUGCAAAUUUAAAAAAUCAAACAUAUAAAUCUUAAAUAAAAUCAACCACUUAGCUGAACAAUCAAUUUUUUUAAAAAACUCCUCCUAAAGCGAUCCAGAACACAGCCUUUAAUCUUCUGAUAUUAAAAAAACUCACUCCAGAGCCGUCAAUGUGUGGUCCUGUCUGAGAGCUCCAUAAACACGACUCUAAUUAAAAAACUUCUCUGCGAUUUAAAAAUCAUCUCUUUCGAAGUGUUAAAGAAUUCUCUUCCUUGUGUAUAAUUUUAGGAAAAAAACUCGCCUCUGUAAUUAAGAAAGUCUAUUUAGCAAUGUUUAAAAAUAGUUGGAAAAGACUAAAAACCACACAAAUUGAAAAUGCCAACCUGCCAGUGUUUAAUCCAUAAACUCUAAAUUCUUCUAUUUUGAAAUUCCAUGCAUGUGGAGAAAGAGUAAAAUGUCAUCACAAGAUUUUAAGCAUUGCCCUACCUUUCAUUUGACAGCCAGUUCUCUCAUUGUGCUUGAAGUUUUCAAAGAGAUGGUGAAGGCAUGUUAGCUUGGGUCCAUGAGCUGAGGAAGGUUGUGCCUUAAUGUUAUCUUCUUUGCUGAGCUGUCUUGUAUGAGGGGAUUAGAUUAGAGGUCAGGGAGACUUACUCAUGUUGCAAUUGUCUGGCCAUGUAAGAUAUUAAUUAUUUGUUUUUUUUCCUCACUGGGGGCUUUGCUUCAAAAAUAUGCUGUGGUGAUUUAUUGCUUUUAGCUCUUAUUUAAUGCUAAGAUAAAUCAUGACUAUUUCUCUGAUGUGAUCAAACCAGUCAAUCCCGAAAUUAUUUAUUUUUGGUACUCUAGGAUUCACAUAAUCAUCUUGAUGGAAGAAGUUGUCUUAGAUUGUUAACUUCCCCCAAAUAACCUGCUUAUUUUACUAAGCCUUGGCAAUAUUAUAAACAUCUCAGCUAUUUUAAGGUUCUGUGAUUUCUCUUUCCAGAAUAUUUCCUUCCUCACUUAAGAACCAUAUAGCAUUUAGGGUGUGUUUCAGUUGUAACGGAAAAUUUCAUUCAGAUUAUUUACUAACUUUACAAUUUUAUUAACAAAAUUUAAGAAACAAUCAACUUUAAGUGGAUAAGCAUACUGUUAUACCAAAAAUUAUCAACACGUAAUACCAAAUCUCAUGAAAUCCAGUUUCUAGAUUGCAAUUCAGUCUGCAAGAACAUUUAGUAAUAUCUAAGAUUAGCCACGAUUGAAAGAAUAAUAUCCUUGAAUAGAAUAUCCGUCAGCGUCACCUUUACUUUAAAGCCCUGAGUAAGAGAGAUAUCUUCUCCAGCAGGAAAAUAAUAUCUUAUCAGACGUAUCAUCUGAGGAUUUUUGCAAUUUCUGAAAUUUCAGUGAAAGGAUUGUAUUUUAAAAUUUUCAGGUCCCACCCCAGCUCCCCGCUUUGCAAAUGUAGGUGUUAACAUUCUGUAUAGAUUCCUCCCAGUUUAACGUAAUGUCGCUGAUUUUUCAGAUCCCGCCCAAGCUCCCUGCUUUGCAAAUGCACGUAUUUACAAAUAAGUAAUGGUAGGUAGGUAUUAACAAAUAGGUAUAUACAAAAUAGGUUCCUCCCAGUUUAAAAUAAUGCUGCAUUAUUUAACAUUAUUCCUUCAUGGUUCCUUUACGAAAGGUUCCUGUACGUCAGCCUUUAUCUGGUCAAUUUGUUCGUGGUUUAUUUUAAAAAUCUUAUCUGUUCGUGGUUUAUUUUAAAAAUCUUAUCUGCACGUGAAAAUAUGGACACGAAAGUAAGAAGUUAAUUUUUUUUAUUCACUUGUACUUCGUUGUUCAUCACCACCUUCUCAAGGGGAACUAGGGUGGGCAAGAAAUGCUGGUCAGCCAACGAUGACUACGUCUUAUGAGUGAAUUACAAAAUGAACAUAUUAUAUUCAUACCCAGAUGUGAUAUUGCCUUACUCUUUCAAGCCUAUAUUCGGUCAUUAAACUGCUGUUCAUGCAUUUUUGUUGUCUGUGUUAAACCAGUCUAUUAACUGAAGUAUUGGCAUAUGUGUGUCAUCUCUACGUGUCUUUACAGGUAUACAUUGAUUUUCAAAGUGGACUUUUCUGGCUUUUCCUGCUGGCUAUAUUUAAUAUGCAUGCUUAUCCUAACUAUUAACAAUCAAACCUGCAUUCCGAACUAGGCAUUGUUACAAUGUAAAUCAAUUUACUUUGCUAAUAUGUAAUCGAAUGUUGAAAAUUUACUUCCAUUUACCAGCCUGUGAUAUUUCCAGCCUCUUGUUUCCCAUCUUCAAUCUCCAGUUUUUCACAAAUUCAGCAUUUUGCUGUACCUGCCAUUUUUUGCUGGUGAUACACUUUUUAAAACCAUCUUUGUCUUUACUGACGGUUCUUUUGGCCCUUCAAUCAGGUGUUCAUAAGUCUGUAUAAUUUAGUAUUUCCUCCAAUAAUUGAAAAUAUUUAGAAUUUGGGGCUUUGUUCUAGCCCCUUCUAUUGAAAAACUUCUUUAGAUUUUCAGCUCAAUAAAAAUACUUGAAGGUCUGUUAUUUAUUUGGAACAUACGGGGGUUCUGAAUUGUAAUAAAUACAAGUCUAGUAAAAGAAAUUCCGAAGAUUUUUUGGUUAACUCUGGUUCUCUUUGCACAGGUUAUUUCAGACCUGCUGAGUUUCUCCAGUAUUUUCCAUUUGUAUAAAAUGUAAGUCCAUCAUUUCUCAUUGACUGGAAAUGGGUAGCCAGGUGAAACAGUGAAAUCCUUCGCACCUCUAUCAACUAUUGCAUUGCUAGCUUUUUUGAAAUGGGUGAUAAAUUUCAGUAAUUCAUUCAUUUCCAAUUCCGGCAACUCUGUAUACGUCAACCAAAGUAGAGUCAGGAAGUGAAAUAUUGGGCACUUAUGGUGGAGUGGUAUGUUCCUAACUCUGAGCCAGGGGAUCGUAAUUAAUAUCCUAUCAUGCUCCCGAGGUCUCUAUUAUUAUCUCUAAUUUGAGCUCAAGCAAUUUGUGUUGAUUCUUCUCCUGCAACUAGCUUGUUUAAUACCAUCUUCUCUCGUUAAGAACGAUUCUAAAGUGUGAAUAAUUUCUGUUUUAUAUUUCAUCGAGAACUGAUUCAUUUCUUCCACACCAGCAAUCGCAAUCGGCACGUCGAAAACAAAACCGUCUCAAUCGCGGCCCUACCCCACACGUGUUCCAUUGUUUGACAACAGAGUAGUCCAAUGGGAGCACGAGUUUAUCAGGACCUGACCAAUCAUCGAUGUGAGGCGGGCGGGGGCUUGAUAGUUCGCCGACGGUUGCUGGAGGCAGCGCGAGACAUAAUUUGUUUACAGAAAAGAGGCGGGAGUGUGUCACCGACAUUUUGAGUCGUGCUAUCCUUAUAAUUUCAAAAAUUAACGUUACGAAAUGGAUUGUUAGUGUUUUCAUACACAAAAGAAAAUCUGGCUCGGCAGUUUGGAAUGAAAAAAUGAUUCCAGUGACGGAAUUAUCGUAUUUUGGAGAACAAGACCCAGCAUUCAAAAUCCUGAAGCCCUGGUGGGAUGUGUUUGCCGAAUAUCUGACACUUCUAAUGGUUUUGGUCUCGAUGUUUGGAGGAGCACUGCAGGUAUCAAAUGAGCAGAUUCUGUGUAUCCCGGUUCCAGAGGGUCUGUCCAUUCAAGAGCGUCAGUGGAACCAUUCUGUUUUGGAGGAACUCAACUUUAGUGUGUUUGCUACUGGAUUCCAGACUGGCCUAGAUGUCCAGCAAUAUUACCUUAUCAAUCAGUGGUGCUAUGAUAAUGCAGUCAUAUGGUUUUCCAAAUAUUUCCCUUAUCUGGUACUUCUGCAUUCUCUAAUAUUUCUAAUCAGUAGCAACUUUUGGUUCAAAUUUCCUGGCACAAGUUCGAAGAUAGAACAUUUUAUAACUGUGCUUGGGAAAUGCCUAGACUCUCCAUGGACCACCAAAGCGCUGUCGGAAACAGUGUAUGAGGAUCCAAUGAAAGUUGAUUCUUCUGAGUCAUUAUCACAAGAAAUGGCUUUCAGUAAUGACGUCCAUAAAGCGGAUAAAGUUUCUCUUUUAUCCAAAGGUUCCUCGCAAGUUUUGAAAGCUGCUGGUGGUAUAAUGGUGGACAAUUCCUCGGUGAAAAUUUUGGAUAAAAAAGAAGGCGAACAGGCAAAAUCGUUGUUUGAAAAGGUGAAGAAGUUCCGCCUCCACACAGAAGAGGGAGAUAUUCUCUAUACAAUGUACUUGAAUCAGACCAUUGUCCGAGCUGUACAAAGUGUUGUUAUCCUUGUCUACAUCAGUAUUUUCAUCCCUCAAAUGUGUAACAAUAUCCACUGUGUUGAUGCACUGCACAUCACAGGGUUCACUGACUUCUUCUGCAUUCAUGGUUUAUGGAGAAUGUUUCGAAUGUUAUCUUUAGUGUAUAUAACUGCAAUUGUCUUAUACAGUUGCACUUGUCUGUAUACACUACACUGGAUACUGUAUUACAAAUUGAAAGAGUAUUCAUUUGAAAAUGUGAGGGUUGAGACUGGGAUGGAUGAUAUUCCUGAUGUAAGAAAUGAUUUUGCAUUCUUGCUUCAUCUUAUCGAUCAGUACGACAAACUUUAUGCCCGGAAGUUUGCCGUGUUCCUGUCAGAUGUGAGUGAGAACAAACUUCUUCAGCUCAAUUUGAAUCAUGAGUGGAGUCACGAGCGGCUAAAACAGCGUCUCUUCACAAACAUUGAGAACAAGGUUGAGAUGCAUCUCUUCAUGAUGCCUGGAAUUCCAAUCCAGGUUUAUGACCUUACUGAGAUUGAGGUACUAAAGCUGGAACUCAUCAAAGGUGUUGCCAUUUCUGCAGCCAUCUCUAACCUGAAAAUGAUGAAAGAAAUGUGGUUAUACAAUUGUUCAGUUAAGGUGGAAAGGCAGGCACUUUUAUUCUUGAAGGAGAAUUUGAUAACUUUACGCGUUCGAUUUGGUAUUGCUGAUGAAAUACCUCCGUGGAUAUUCACCUUGAAAAGUUUGCGUGAGCUCUAUAUUGAAGGGCAACUGCAAACAGACAGCAAAAUCUCCACAGCUCUGCAAAUGUUUCGUGAGCUACCGAAGAUAGACACUUUGCAUCUGAAAACUAACAUAACCAAGCUGCCAGCUGCAAUUUUGGACAUGGCACCUCAUCUUCUAUGUCUGAUAAUCCACAACGAAGGAGUAAAAAUAACAUCUCUUGCAAACAUUAAGAAGCUCUUCUGCCUGACUCUGUUGAGGCUGCUCCAUUGUAAUUUGGAAAGAAUUCCUAGUGCCAUCUUCAGCUUAACCAAUUUACAGGAACUGGAUCUCAAAGACAACAACCUAAGUUCAACAGAGGAGCUUGCCAGUUGCCAAAACCUUCGAAAACUCAUCUGUCUCAGGUUAUGGCAUAACAACAUCACUUCAAUUCCUGUUCACAUUGCCAAAAUUACCAAACUUGAAAUGCUUUAUCUCAAUAAGAACAAGAUUGAAUUCCUGCCUCCAAGUCUGUUUAAACUUACAAAGCUACUGUUCCUGGAUGUAUCGCAUAAUCACAUCUCCAAGGUCCCUCCUGACAUAGACCAGCUCGUAGAGCUGCAGCAUUUUGCUAUAGAAUGCAAUAAGGUGACUGAAUUACCAGAAAACCUUUUCUCUUGCACUAAGCUUCGGGUGCUGAACAUCUCACAUAAUAAUUUAACUUACCUCUCUCCUUCUAUUGGACGUCUCCGGCAACUACAAUUUCUGGACAUUAAAGUCAACAAACUGGAUAAACUUCCAGUUGAAUUGGAACAAUGUGUUUCCCUUCGCAAAAACCAAUUGAUUGUAGAAGAUGACAUUUUUAAAACCCUACCUCUGGAAGUAAGGGAGCAGAUUACAAAUACCACAUCAAGCUAAAUAUUAAUUGUAUCAAACCUAUAUGUGGCUAAAAGUUGGUUCAUGGUAUGUUUUACUUAAUAGGAUGAUGAUGUUUUACACAAAUACAGCAUCAUUGCCCUAAUGCAGUUCCACUUCAUAACAGCAAGAUCAUUUGACUCAAUUUUUGUAUCAGCAAUAAUUCAGACAUUUGAGUUAAAGUUUACACCAGGACAAUAUAGUGGUCCAAUACACUGACUCUAUAAAGCAUUGGUUAUCAUGUGAGUUUGACAACCAUGCUUACAAUGGAAGAUGUGGAAUGGGAACAUAUCUUUAGUUAAAAAAGGGAAAAAUCAAAACCACCCUACAACUUCAAAGAAGCCAACUUUCCAUCAGUAUUGUUUCCCAAACAGGAAGAGCACCUUGCUAUUGAAAUUGAGAACAUUAUUUUCCAAGUUUAUUUGUUAUCUUCCAAUA